AUGGAUUCGCUAGAGGCCAGGUUGAAAUUCAUCGAGGUUAUAAAAACGCUCCAUAAGACACUGAAUGUCAGCAAAGACACUAGCCCCUCCACCGCGCAGUCAUCGGCAACAGACCCAGUUCAUUUCUAUUUGAUGCAUUAUGAGGACCAUUACGAAGACUUUCAUCGUUGUUUGUUCGAGACAGCAGGGUCUAUGGACUCGUUGGACAGAUUGAAUGUACUUAUUUACUGGAGCCGUUUGAUAUCGUCGCUGUGGCCUCGGUGUCUCAAGGAGAUGGACGGGCAGUACAAUGUAGCAGGCAGAGUGGUCCACGACUAUCUGUUGAAAGAUCUGAACAAAAUGGUGCAGCUAGUCACGCCUGAGAACGACUGGAAAGCGUUGACCAACCUUCAGAUCGCAAUUGACAUUUUUUUGUACAUAAAGAAAAUUAUAGGUGAAGUCAAUGAUACGGAAGUGCAUAAAUUGACCUGUCCAAGAAGCCAAUUUAAACUGGAUGAAAAUUUAUUUUCAAAACUUAAGCUGAAAUCAUUCGAACUAAAUUGGGGUUCUCCUGCAGAUAGCUGCGAAGAUGCCAUAAAAGAUACGUUAGAUUUACUUGUGGAUAGACGUACAAAAGCCAUUUUCUUGCAAGAAUGCUUCAAACAACAUGGGGUAAUCAAUAUACCGGCAUCAUCAAGCGCUAACACGAUACUCCAUCGAAUGGAAAAUGACCGUGAACGUCAUAAAAAAUCAAAGGAGCACUUGUGGUUUACAGAACGCGACUAUUCCAUGUUAGAAGUCUCCGAGUUCGAUAUCUUAUGGGAGCAAAACAGAAAGGGAAUGACGCGAGAUGAUUAUCAGGACAUAAAACAAUUACAUAGGUUGGCCCAAGAGAGCUACCUAUACCAAAUAUAG